AUGGCUGGCUCGAUACAGUCCCUAGAUACCCUCGAGCCUCGGGUUGCCCAGGAACUCAUGUAUCUAGGAAGCAAUCCUGCCUGGACCUGUGUAGCCGACAGUCGGUUCUGCUACUUUCUAUACGUUCCAAAACGCUACUACGAGCUCAAAGGCAAACUGCAGUUGGCUGUCCUAAUUCACGGCAGCGGACGCAAUCCCUACACACUGCGUCGAGAAUUCUCUGACUUUGCAGAAACGCAUUCAUGUGCCCUGCUCGCCCCGCUUUUUCCUGUCGGAUUGAUCGACCCUCAAGAUACAGUCAACUAUAAAUUCAUCAAGUACCGGGACAUUCGCUUUGACAAGGUGCUCCUCUCAAUGGUUGACGAAGCCCAUGCCCGAUUCGGAAAGAUCGAUCCCAGCAAGUUCCUUCUCUAUGGCUACAGUGGAGGUGGCCAGUUUGUGCAUCGAUUCUCAUAUUUACACCCGCGCCACGUCCAGGCACUGGCAUGCGGUGCCCCUGGAACGCAGACGCUAUUAGACUGUACAAUGCCUUGGCCUGACGGUGUGCAAGACUUUGAGGAGGUCUUCGGUCAGCCACUUGACUUGGAGUCCUUGCAAAAAAUACCAACAAUCUUUAUUGCGGGCGAUGCAGAUACAGAUAUCUUCUACGCCAUCGCCCGAGGGCGAAUAAAUAACCACGGUGACCUUUCCAAGUUUGAGAAUGGGAGGUACGGUGCCACUGAGCGACUCGAGCAAAAUUGGAAAUCAAAAGGCGCCAACUGCUUGAUGCAGAGCGUCCAUGGGGCAAAACAUGAGGAGAAGCCGAUGCUUCAGCACGUAAAACGAUUUUUUGAGGAGCAACUAGAGUCUCAAACGGCGAUUAGCCCCGAUUAA